UUAUAUAUUUUGGAGUUUGGUAAUAAAUAUGUGUGUUCUUAGAAUUUUGUGUUUUUGUUUAGCGUAAUGGUGAUAAAUUCACUUUUUCUAGUUCUGACACUUUUGUAUAACUCUGCCGGUCACCCCGCUCCCACUAGCCAUCCUGUGAAUUUUUCUAUAAAGAAGGGCGCAUUAUUUUUAGUAGCCCACGGGCGCCGAAUAUCUUAGAACGGCCGUGGAUGUAUUUUAUUUAAUUAAACACUUGUGUUCAUCGAAACUACGUUAAUUGAACGUAUUUACUUUACAGAAAAUUAGCGCGUGCAAAAACCGAUAAUCUUUAAUUGAAAUAUUCUCUCUGAUGACAAAUAAAGUUGCCAUUGGUGAAACGAAGUGAGCCGGGAAAUCGUUAGAUUUCAAGCGGUCGACGAGAAGGCACUUAAUGUUAGAUCAAUCCAUACAGAAAUUAUUGUUGAAGUAGAGUAUCAAAGGAAAAAUCAGGGUCAGCCGGUUAGUUGCUACUCGCGAUGGAACGGAAGCAAAAGCGUCGCCUGAUACCGGAACAGAAUUGGCGAAUAUGUGGCAUCAUUUGCCUCUGUCAAUUCACUUUUGUCAUCAGCUGCGUGGCGUUGGUCUAUCUGAGCGUGGCGAUCUACAUGCCGUCCCACAGAACGGAAUACUGUCACGUCGUUCAGAUGUCGGACCCCAGGCCGGUAAGAUAUUAAUGAAACCGAUGGAAUUAAUUCCCAGAGCCUUUCACGCGGGAAUCGAUCCGGAUCCGGUCAUGUGCCAAACCGUUGAUACCGCCUCAACUAAUAAUUGUGGUUGGGCGAGUUGCGGGGAAUGGUGCUUGACGAAAACAAGCGGAUUUUGUCCUCAGAUUCACGCAACUGUCAGAAGAAAUGGGACCGACAUCGUUUUCGAGAACUGCACGAAAUUUGGCAGUAUAUCUUGUCCACAGGUACGUCGUAAAUUUUAUUUGAAGCGUAUGGAUUGAUUUGUUGUUUUCCCAACAAAUACGUGGUGGAACACAGUAAAUAUGUGAUAUCAUUAUUUAUUUUGAAUUUUUACA